UUGGCUCAAGGCUUUUGUCCGUCGAACUUCAGCACCUUCUGUUGUACCGCCCUGCCACGCGAUGCCGCGGGCACGCGCCUGCUUCCUUGCCGCCCUGCUCCUGGGAGCGCCCGCCGGAGCAAUCCAGCUGCAGAGCGCCGCCGCAGCCGAGGCCUCCACCGCGACGAGCGUCUCCACCGACACACCGGUCGUCGAGACGCUCGAGGACACGCCGCCGGAGCUCCCAGGACAGGCGCAGGAAAAGAACGCGACACAGGCCGCCUCGGCCCCAGGGCGCAUGUGCACCGCAUCCAGUCUCGCCUGUGGCCCAGCUCGACCGAGGAGCGCUGGCUGUUUCGUGUGGCUGCCCAGCGGCUGCAAGACCCCGCAUCACUUACACGCGAAGUUUAAUUGGCGGAGGGACACGUGGGGCGAGGCGAACGCGCAGGCGGGGCAGAGCGAGAAGGCGUGCAAGGCCCGCAAGCAAGCGUUCGACGCGUGGUGUGGUGUGACGGACACCGUCAUGCUGCUGACAUCUCCUCGGGAGGUCCUCGUGGAGGAUGAAGGGGGACAGGGGGAGGCGCCAGAGGCGCCAGAGGCGGUGCUGCAGGCAGAUGCCGAGGCUGACGCGGCGGCCGAGGAGGCGCGGGCCGCGGACGUGGUCGACUCGCUGCCCGAGGCGGCGCCGGCCCUCCCCAGGAGCACGGGCUGCUUCGUGUGGCUGCCCAGCGGCUGCAAGGCCCCGCGCCACCUCCACGCGAUGUCUCACUGGCGGAGGGACGCGUGGGGCGAGGCGAACGCGAAGGCGUCGCAGGGCGAGGAGGCGUGCAAGGCCCGCAAGCACGCGUUCGACGCGUUUUGUGGUGUGACGGACGCCGUCAUGCUGCCCUUGCUGGCGGCCCCCCACGAGGCCUCCACCGCGACGGGCGUCUCCACCGACACACCGGUCGUCGAGACGCUCCAGGACACGCCGCCGGAGCUCCCAGGACAGGCGCACGAGAAGAACGCGACACAGGCCGCCUCGGCCCCAGGGCGCAUGUGCACCGCAUCCAGUCUCGCCUGUGGCCCAGCUCGACCGAGGAGCGCUGGCUGUUUCGCGUGGCUGCCCAGCGGCUGCAAGACCCAGCAUCACUUCCACGCGAAGUUUCAAUGGCGCAGGGACACGUGGGGCGAGGCGAACGCGCAGGCGGGGCAGAGCGAGGAGGCGUGCAAGGCCCGCAAGCAAGCGUUCGACGCGUGGUGUGGUGUGACGGACACCGUCAUGCUGCUGACAUCUCCUCGGGAGGUCCUCGUGGAGGAUGAAGGGGGACAGGGGGAGGCGCCAGAGGCGCCAGAGGCGGUGCUGCAGGCAGAUGCCGAGGCUGACGCGGCGGCCGAGGAGGCGCGGGCCGCGGACGUGGUCGACUCGCUGCCCGAGGCGGCGCCGGCCCUCCCCAGGAGCACGGGCUGCUUCGUGUGGCUGCCCAGCGGCUGCAAGGCCCCGCGCCACCUCCACGCGAUGUCUCACUGGCGGAGGGACGCGUGGGGCGAGGCGAACGCGAAGGCGUCGCAGGGCGAGGAGGCGUGCAAGGCCCGCAAGCACGCGUUCGACGCGUUUUGUGGUGUGACGGACGCCGUCAUGCUGCCCUUGCUGGCGGCCCCCCACGAGGACGAGGGGAGUGGGGCGGCCAGUGGCUCGGGCGGCCCGCCCGCCACCGCGGGGCCGCGGGCCAGCGGCGCGUCCGCGGCGCCUCCGCGGUCGGACUCUGAGGCAGGCCGUGCGCUGAAGGUGCGCAUCUUCGACUAGGAGCAGAGGCUAGAGGCCUCCCAGACGAGCGCCGCGAGCGACGUGAGGGCAUCGGCGACAUCGGCGAUGCAUCGGCGACGUCGGCGGGAAGCACAUCGGGCUCCACAUCUGGCAUGCAGUGUGUUGACAAGCGGCCAGUCUCACGAUGUGUCUGCAAUUGCUUGGAUUGCAGAAUGGGCGUCUUCUUGCUGA